AUGGGGCCCAAAAGAGCGACAGCAGUGCGAGGUCCGCAACAUACAUGGACCUUUGAGAAUCGCAUGGCAGCCUACAUCCUGUGCUACCCAAUCGACCAAUACGCUGCUUCGAAUCGUAAACCAAUCUUUGACCAUAUAUAUGGCGGGGACAUCGGCAAGACAGCCCUGACGGCACAAGCAAGGGAGUCUCAGAAACUCCAGAGGGAUCAUCCAGAUGCGACAAUUCCAAGGCGACAUGCCGACUGGGAUAGAAUCACCCGUGUCCCGCUCAGUCGCCAGGACCAGAUCACCUGGGACAGCAUUCUUCAGCGUAUAGGCCAAGCCAUUGAAGACCUCGAGCUGGGCGAACUUGAACCUCAACCAGCGGCGACAGGAAACAAUCAGAUGCAGGCUCCUGUCCCCAAUCAGGUACAAGCCAACCCAGCUCCGAAUGUCGUUGCUCACAACCCGACCAUUGCCAACAACUUCGUCCACAAGAUCGAACUCUUCGAAGCUUUCGGAAUCUAUAUUUGGCGCCCCAACGUCCUGAUGACACCUGACCAGCGCAACAUCAACGCAACGACCAGCACAACCAUCCUGCCCGAAUGGGUCUGGACCGCUGAGGACACCAGACGACAGUUGUUAAUCUGCUUCACGGACACAUGCGCAACAUGCCGCGGCAGGACUGGAGAAGCCUACUUGACGGAGCAGGAGAUACGAUGGAUUGAGACUCGUGACGACCUUCCACCGCAGUUCUGGCAGUGUCACAAGAUUCCCAAUACCUCGACGUUGACAGCGGAGGAGUCGAGGUUGAUGGACGACGAGGAGUACGGCUUUGUUUGA